AUGGCUGCGCCCUUGCUGAAGUGCUGAAGAAGUGCCUCUGCGGAGAUAUUCUCGGGUCUGUGUGUCGUUUUCAAGAAAACCUUCAAGCCAAAUCAGCUUCUCGGGUCGCUGGUUUGCAGGGCAACACCGCGGGACCCCCAGCAUCGAUAAGUGUGGCCGUCUCUUCCCGUGGCUGUGGCAGACUGUCCGUGUGAAGAUGGGCCUCGUCUCCAGCCCCGUCCCAUAGCAAAGAGCCCCGGGGAGAGGAACCGCAGGUUCCCCUGCAAACACGCACCCGUCCAGCUCGCCUUUGACGGAUUCGACCUCCUGUACCGGCUUUGGACGCUCCCCUACAGUUUCCUGACAAGGAUUAUCUGCGCCACCGUGUCUGUCAUCGUCCGGAGACGGAGAGCUGCUUCCCCAUCCAGGGUUGAUAAUCCCGCCGCACCAAGGGCCCUGAUGAAAAUGGACUCGGAUUUGCUUCAUUCCCCGGCUGUGGGGCUCACUGAGGAGGAGGAGGCAGACAUGAAUGACUGGAAGCUUCCUUUGACCUUCAUGAAGAAAAGGCACUUGGAGAAGAUCGAGGGCUCCAAGGCGUUGGCACAGAGCUGGAGGAUGAAAGACAGGAUGAAGACUGUGAGUGUUGCUCUGGUUCUGUGUCUCAAUGUGGGAGUGGACCCCCCUGAUGUGGUCAAGACAUCCCCCUGUGCCAGGCUGGAGUGUUGGAUAGAUCCUCUGUCAAUGAGCCCACAGAAAGCCCUGGAGACCAUUGGGGCAAACUUGCAGAAGCAGUACGAAAACUGGCAGCCCAGGGCACGCUACAAACAGAGUCUGGACCCCACAGUGGACGAAGUGAAGAAACUUUGCACAUCACUGAGACGUAACGCCAAAGAGGAGAGAGUCCUCUUCCACUACAACGGCCAUGGAGUUCCUCGGCCCACCGUCAAUGGGGAAAUCUGGGUUUUUAACAAGAAUUACACACAAUACAUCCCGCUGUCCAUCUACGACCUGCAGACGUGGAUGGGGAGCCCGUCCAUUUUUGUUUACGACUGCUCCAACGCGGGAAUUAUCGUCAAGUCGUUUAAGCAGUUCGCCCUGCAGAGAGAACAAGAGCUGGAGGUUGCGGCCAUCAAUCCCAGCCACCCACUCGCACAGAUGCCGCUUCCGCCCUCCAUGAAGAACUGCAUCCAACUGGCUGCAUGUGAGGCAAACGAGCUGCUGCCCAUGAACCCGGACCUCCCUGCUGACCUGUUCACCUCCUGUCUCACCACACCCAUCAAAAUCGCACUUCGAUGGUUCUGUAUGCAAAAGAGUGCCAAGUUGGUGCCAGGGGUGACGUUAGACCUCAUUGAGAAGAUCCCUGGCAGGCUCAACGACAGACGCACGCCCCUCGGAGAGCUCAACUGGAUCUUCACUGCCAUCACCGACACCAUUGCGUGGAACGUGCUGCCCAGAGAUCUGUUCCAGAAGUUGUUUCGUCAGGACUUGCUGGUGGCCAGCUUGUUUCGCAAUUUCCUGCUUGCAGAGAGGAUAAUGAGGUCGUACAACUGUACACCAGUGAGCAGCCCCCGUCUGCCCCCCACAUACAUGCACGCCAUGUGGCAAGCUUGGGACUUGGCCGUGGACAUCUGCCUCUCUCAGCUGCCUACCAUCAUCGAGGAGGGCACCGCCUUCAGACACAGUCCAUUCUUCGCAGAGCAGCUCACGGCGUUUCAGGUCUGGUUGACCAUGGGUGUGGAGAACAGAAACCCUCCUGAGCAGCUCCCUAUAGUGCUGCAGGUUCUCCUGAGUCAAGUGCAUCGGCUGAGGGCUCUGAACCUGCUUGGACAGUUCCUGGAUUUGGGACCCUGGGCCGUCAGUCUGGCCCUGUCUGUUGGGAUCUUCCCAUAUGUGUUAAAGCUGCUCCAGAGUUCAGCCAGGGAGCUGCGGCCGCAGCUGGUGUUCAUCUGGGCCAAAAUCCUUGCUGUGGAUAGUUCAUGUCAAGCUGACCUGGUGAAAGACAACGGACACAAGUAUUUCCUGUCUGUAUUAGCCGACAGUUACAUGCCUGCGGAACAUCGUACCAUGGCCGUUUUCAUUUUGGCUGUCAUCGUCAACAACUACAACACAGGCCAGGAGGCCUGUCUCCAGGGUAACCUGAUCGCCAACUGCCUGGAGCAGCUUUCUGACCCCCACCCGUUGCUCCGGCAAUGGGUGGCGAUCUGCCUGGGCCGGAUCUGGCAGAACUUUGAACCAGCGCGCUGGUGUGGCGUCCGAGACAGCGCUCAUGAGAAGUUGUAUACGCUGCUGUCAGAUCCCAUCCCUGAGGUAAGAUGUGCUGCUGUGUUUGCUCUGGGAACAUUUGUUGGAAACUCUGCUGAAAGGACCGACCACUCCACCACCAUCGACCACAACGUGGCUAUGAUGCUGGCUCAACUCAUCAACGAUGGCAGCCCUGUGGUCCGCAAGGAGCUGGUGGUAGCCCUGAGUCACCUGGUGGUCCAGUAUGAGAGCAACUUCUGCACAGUUGCCCUCCAGUUCAUAGAAGAAGAGAAGAACUACGUCGUGCCAUCACCAGCCAAUGCUGCAGAACCCGGCAACAUGACUCCAGUGAGAGACAGCCCGGCCAUCCCUCGUCUGCGAUCCGUCAAUUCGUACACCAAUAUCCGAGCGGUAACCACCGCCCGCAAUCUGAACAAAAGUCUACAGAACCUCAACUUGAAUGAAGAAGGCGGUCCAGCAGCAUUCUCUCCUGGUAACCUGAGUACCAGCAGCAGUGCCAGCAGCACGCUGGGGAGUCCCGACAACGACGAGUACAUCCUCUCAUUUGAAACCAUCGACAAGAUGCGGCGGGUUUCUUCAUAUUCCUCCCUAAACUCCCUUAUAGGUGUGUCCUUCAACAGUGUUUAUACUCAGAUAUGGAGAGUGCUGCUCCACCUAGCCGCAGAUCCGUUCCCAGAAGUUUCAGAUUUGGCCAUGAAAGUGCUCAAUAGCAUCGCAUACAAGGCAACCAUGAACGCCAGACCUCAGAGGAUCCUGGACUCUGGAUCUCUGACUCAGUCGGCGCCGGCCAGUCCCACCAGCAAAGGCACGCACAUCCAUCAGGCAGGCGGCUCUCCGCCCAUGCCCAGUACCAGCAGCUCCAGUCUGACCAAUGAAGUCCCCAAGCCCCCUGCCAGAGAGCAGCCAGCAACACGGCCCCCCUACACCCCAACGCUGGGAGGACAGGCACCCCACUCACACCAGUUCCCCCGCACACGCAAGAUGUUUGACAAGGGACCAGAACAGGCAGCUGAAGAUGGUGAGGAGCCGGGUGGUCACAGGAACUACGUGAGUCUGGCCCUGCAAACAGGCCUGUGUGACUGGAGUGCCAAGUAUUUUGCUCAGCCUGUCAUGAAGAUCCCAGAGGAGCAUGACCUGGAGAGCCAGGUCAGGAUGGAGCGGCAGUGGAGGUUCCUGAGAAAUGCUCGCGUUAGAAGACAGAGUCGAGUCAUCACACAAAGAGGCAUUUCUCGUCUUGACGAUCAAAUAUUCAUCAACCGUAACCCCGGAGUGCCGUCUGUUGUGAAGUUUCACCCCUUCAACACCUGCAUCGCUGUGGCCGACAAGGACAGCAUCUGUUUCUGGGACUGGGAGAAGAGUGAGAGGCUGGACUACUUCUACAACGGAAACCCUCGUUACACCCGGAUCACUGCCAUGGAGUACCUGAAUGGACAUGACUGUUCGUUACUGCUCACUGCGACAGAUGAUGGAGCGUUGCGUGUCUGGAAGAACUUUGCUGACCAGAAGAACCCAGAGAUGGUAACAGCGUGGCAGGGCCUCUCCGACAUGCUGCCAACCACCAGAGGUCAGCCCUCCUCCAGCACCCACAGUCUGGCCAGAAGGGUUUCCAUCUAUCUUGACAGGAGCAAACAAGGAGGAGCUGGGAUGGUCGUGGACUGGGAACAGGAAACUGGUUUGCUCAUGACGUCGGGAGACGUGAGAGUCAUUCGGAUCUGGGACACAGACAGGGAGAUGAAGGUCCAGGACAUCCCGACUGGAGCCGACAGCUGUGUGACCAGCCUGUCCUGCGACUCCCAGCGCUCGCUCAUCGUUGCGGGUCUGGGUGACGGAUCGGUGCGCGUCUUCGAUCGCAGGAUGGGCCCCAGCGAAUGUCGAGUGAUGACCUACAGGGAACACGGAGCCUGGGUGGUUAAAGCUCACCUGCAGAAGGAGACGGAUGGAAACAUUAUUAGUGUCAGUGUCAACGGAGACGUUCGGUUCUUUGAACCGCGGACCCCAGACUCGAUAAAUGUGCUGCAGACUGUAAAGGGAUUAACGGCCUUGGACAUCCACCCACAGGCCAACCUCUUCGCCUGUGGAUCGAUGAACCAGUUCAUAGCCGUCUACAACGCCAACGGCGACGUGAUCAGCAAUAUAAAGUACUACGACGGCUUCAUGGGACAGAGGAUCGGUGCUAUCAGCUGUUUAGCUUUCCAUCCACACUGGCCCCACUUGGCUGUGGGAAGCAACGACUACUACAUGUCCAUCUACUCAGCAGAGAAGAGGCUCAGAUAACACACCAGCACAGCUCCUCUCCCCCGACCUCCACCUUCUGACCCUGAGCCUCGCGCACUGGGAUGGAAAGGAUGUUUUCUUUUGGGUUUUUUUGUUUGUUUGUUUUUUUUUUGUACAUAUGCAAUUCACCACCGUGAAUGUUCAAGUGAUGGCUGCUCUCAAAAACUCAAUGCUACGUCUCUAUACAUAUAUACAUACAUAUAUAUAUAUAUAAUUAUUGUUAUUAUUAUGAUUGUUCAUUCAUAUUCUUAUUAUGAGGCUAAUGAUUGUAGACUUGGCUGUGCUGAGGAGUUUGUGUGUAUAUAAUUAGCAGAAGAAGAAGAGGUUAUAUUUUAAAGAAGUUCUACCCCUGGAUGCCUGCAGCUCCUCCUGGCUGCACAGCGAGCAUCACUACCUGAAUGAACUGUGACCCGACACCCACACAAGCCCACAGUGGGGUCACACACUCUUCAGACAGACACACCGAAACAGGACGCAUGGACUGAGCCCCUCCCUUCCCACACAAACACACGCACACACACCUCCCUGCGCUGGACCCUUGUGUUUAUGUGUUGCAGAUUCACUGCAAAGAGAAGCAGCUUUAAUACCAGAAGCGAUGGCCUGCGCUUGUUGUUGUGUGACUGACGUUAAGAGGGAUUAUUUUUCUGUGUGUGUGUGUGUUGUUGUAGCACAGAUGAGCCCCACAGUGGGGCCCCCGGUGUGCCAAACAUAGUCAGAAUCCUCCACCUCUUUAUUGCAGCACUAAAACUAAUUUAUCUGUUCUGGGUUUUUGUUUUUUUAAUCGAGUAAAAACCUGGAACUCCUCCCAGAAAACACAGCGGCACCCACCUGGAGGCUGAUUGGCUCACUUACCCAAAGCAAUAAGGCUGCGCCUGCUGCAGCUCGGCAAUACAAACACUCAGUUUUAGUUUGAUCGUUUUCACCAGCAGAGCAUCAGGCAGGUUCUUCUGCUUCCGUCAGAGACAGGAAGGACAUCAGAUGUUUUUUUCCUGUCACGGCCUAAACUGCUGAUCAACAUAAACAAAUACCAUCCGAAGAGAGUUAAAAACAAGCUUUGCUUCAGUCCUGAAAAAUCACUCUGGCAGGAUUUUAGAUUAACUUAUUUAUUAAUUUCAGCUCCAGCUUCCUUUGCUACGAUCAUGUGUUGGAGAACUAGCGGUGUGUUUGGUGUUAGCUGCCUGCUCAUCUCAACAUCACUGUGCUUUAGUCGGCACCCUUGAUUUCACUCAGGAAUCUAAAGAACCCACCUCAAACAGCUGACCUCAGAGCAGUGAGGAUGCUCAGGUUACUCACGUGUUUUUGAGAUGAGUGUCACUGUGGUGCAUUUAGGGUACAGCUCUGACGUUCGUUUUUUUCUGCGCGUGCCCUAUCACCAACAACGUGCCUCUUCAUCCGGGCCGCAGCUUUGCCUUCUUAGCUUCUUCUUUUUAAGUGUUACUUUUCGGUUUCUCUUCAUGUAAUUUAUGUUUUUAAGUGCUUCCUUUUGCUCAUAUUUGCCUCGGCCUCACCCUCUCAGAUGCUACCCCGCUCCUCCUGCGUUACAUGACUGCAAGUUUGCUUUUCCGUGUAAAAGUCACCAGUUGGAGCCAGUGGUCCGGACCACCACAGCACCGUACCGCUUCAGCGCCGUUUGGUUCACUUCAGCAGGCAUCAACAGACCAGAACCACAUUCAACUAAAGUUAUUUUAAGAUUUUAGACUUUGGCGGGGGGGGCAAUGAGACUUUAACACAGUAGUAAGAAAAGAAAAGUGAAAACAAUCAGGUUUGUCUCUGUGACUGUAGACGCCUUCCCUGACUGUGGUUUAUAAAAACGAGAGAUGAAAUCAAUGAAAUAAACCAAAUACAACACCUGA